UAAAUAUCAUAAACAACCACAGAAGACAUUGUAACUAGACACUUGUCAGUGUAAAAUGGCUGCUACUCGGUAUGUUAUCCUUGUGGCAAUAGGCAUGUGUGCAACUUUGCACGUCACCACAUCGACUGCGGCAACAAAUCCGGCAACGGCACCAGGUGGCAAAAAACACACACCAUGUGGGCUGUGUGGUCCUAGGAUCGACGUGACGCUGUGUGUACGGAACUCCCUCGUCAAGCCGUACUUCAGCCACACUGUCGAGAUCAAACGUAUGAGACAACGACAGCUCAUCUUCUUCCUGGAGAAGGCGGCAGAUAUACGGGAGGAGUUCAGGUUCACCGCGACAUACGGAAAGUGGGGCUACUUCAUCGACACCAUCAAUGGACUGGACAGCAACUACUAUGUGGAUGAGACUUGGUGGCACAUUAUAGAUCAGAAUAAUGUGUCUCUACCCUUAGGUUCGAGUUCCUACGUCCCCAAGAACGGCCAGACCAUCACCUAUGAGUACGUCCGGGGAGGCCCGCACUAGUCACCCGUCUUCACGCCAGAACGUCCCACGUGUGAUGGAAGCGGAUGUAAAGUCAGAAGCGAUGUAUUUACGUUUCAACCAACGGCAAAUGUCCUUAAUCUUAAUAAACGUAGAUAAACUAUUCAAUGUUAACAUAAUGAAGCAGGGCUUGGACUCAUCUAAAGGAUGUCUCCCUUACCGAGUCAGCUUGCUGACGGGGUUAAAGUUUUUGGCCAUGAGGACAAGCGCGACCUUGGAUCAGAAGGUCACCGGUUCGAAUCCCAUCACGGGACUUGGUAAUUGUAUUGCUGCUACAAUGACAAUACAUCUGAUGUAUGAUAGUAACCUUUUCAAAUAAGACCUGUUGAAUCAUACCAGUUAAGUUUACAUCGAUAAUCAUUGCUGAAUCAAUGUAAUUGUGAAUAAACCUUGUAUCUUCAAAUA